AUGAGCGUCGUGGUUCGUAUUCCCACCCCGCUGCGGCGGAUGACCAACGGGAAGGACAAGGUGGAGGUGGACUCCAGCAACCUGUCCGCCAUGGUCGAUGAACUGGAGGGAUCCUAUCCCGGAUUCAAGGAUCGCCUGCUGGACGAAAAUGGCGAGCUGCGCUACUUCGUCAACAUCUACCUGAACGGCGAGGACGUGCGUUUCCUGGACGGCCUGGACACUACCACCAGUUCCGGCGACGAGGUCAGUAUCGUUCCGGCGGUGGCCGGCGGCCGCUAA